CCCCCGCGACCCGACCUCGGAUAAGCAGAAGAUAAUGGAUGGAUGGAUGGAUGGAUGGAUGGAUGGAUAGUUGUGUUACAGUAUAAUAGGUAUGUAUGAUGAAAGUGUUCAUUUCACUGAAGUGUUUUGACUACUGAGUUUUUCCUCUUUUUUAAUGGGGUCACAGUUUUUGAUGGCAGCCAUUUAUGUGUAUCAGAGUAAGAUGGUGAAACUGAAAAGCAGAACUGUAAUGUUUUAAAACAUUUUAUUUCUUUGAAAUAUGCCUUUAUAUAUACUGCAAACAAUGUAAAAUGAAGUUAUAUAAAUCAAUAACAUAAAAGCGAACAAAUAUGAAAAGAGGCAACAUUGGCUACAUAUAUUGCAGCUCAGAAAUACCCAUUCUCGUAGCCACCUAUAUAUUUUGUGAAUGAUGAUUUUAAUUUAACAUGCAGUUCUCUUCCCCCCAAAACUCCUGAGGCAACACAAAGAAAUACAAAAAAUAUCAACGAAUAAGAAACUCAAAUACUGAUGCCUUGAAAAAGUUAAAAUAAUUUCGUUAUGUAAGGGUAAAGGGUUUCUUGUUCAUUCCCAGCAACAUGUGAAGCAGCGUCUCUAGAGUCACAGAAUACUAUGAUUGCAGAAUUUGGUGUUAAACUGGCUUAGCAAGGUUUCUUUAAGCUUAUUUCCAAGUUUCAGGUAUUAGAAAUUGUUGCUUUGUAGCUCAGUUUUAAAUGGGGUACCCUAUAUUGCUGGGGUAAUUUAUGAUACACACCAUACCUGGGAUUCAGACUUGUUGAACAUGCAUCAUGAUGUUUUAACUUUGUUCUGUUAUUACCUGCAGUUUCCAACCAGAGUUGAUGACAGGGGUGGAAGAUGACCAGCAAUCUCCCCACCGCAGACGUGCUCGACGCCUACUAAACUUUGACCUGGUUGUGUUGCAAGUUCAAGCAUGAAGUUCAGGAGAGUUCAUAUCCUGUUUCUUGUUUUUCUGUUAAUUUUUGUUUGUUUCAAUGUCUAUGACCUAUGCAACAGCUUUAAUCAACGCUCAAACAAAUUCACAGCUCCUCCACCCUUGGCAAAUAAUAACUAUAUUAAGCUACUCUCAAAUAAAUUCAUAACACCCCCACCAUUGGCAAUAAAAGACAACAGUAAGCAGACUAUUGUCCUGGUCUGGACUCAGAUAUUUGGCCAGCAUUAUGAAUUUGAGUCCUGCGCUGCUCUGUUUAACAUCACUAACUGCCUCAUAACGACAGACAGGAACGUGUAUAGCAAAGCUCAUGGGCUCGUCAUUCAUCACAGAGACAUCAGAAAUGAUCUAUCCAAUCUGCCUUCAAUGGUGCGACCGCCCUUCCAGAAAUGGGUUUGGAUGAACUUUGAAUCACCAUCUAACUCUCAGAGAAUUCCAGGUAUCAACAACCUCUUCAACCUAACGAUGAAUUAUCGCCUGGAUGCUAAUAUAUCCAUUCACGGAACACUAAUUCCGAAGCAGGAGGACGACCUCUACGUAAUUCCGAAGAAGAGUCUCCUAGUUUGCUGGAUUGUGAGCAACUGGAACCCGGCUGAUGAACGGGUGAAGUUCUAUAAUUUGCUGAAAGAGCACAUCAACAUAACCGUGUUUGGCCGCGUAACUAAAUACCUUACAAACCAAGAGUAUGUGUCGACGGUGUCCAGCUGUAAGUUUUACUUGUCAUUCGAGAACUCCAAACACAAGGACUACAUCACAGAAAAGUUGUACAAGCCCCUCGAUCUAGGGACUGUGCCUGUUGUUCUCGGACCACCUAGGGAACAGUAUGAGAAUAUUGUGCCUGGAGAUGCCUUCAUCCACGUUGAGGACUUCCUCUCGCCGAAAGAGCUGGCCAGUUGCCUCCACUUCUUGGACGAAAACGAGACGGAGUACCAUCGCUACUUUGAGUGUAAACGCCAUUUCAAAGUUAAAUACGUAAACUUUCCGAUAGAGCAUGCCUGUCGCGCCUGCGACUACCUGAAGAAGCACAGUGACGAAUACAGUUCCUUUGAUAACCUCAACCAGUGGUACUGGGGUUGAAACUCAGGGAAAAUACUAAGGAGUGACAAUGAUCUGAGACAGCAUUCCCCAGCCACGUACUGCAUUAUUAUAGGUUUGGUUAAAUCGUUUCGCUGAAAGUCAGAACGACUAAUGGACUAUUCUGAAUAUCUUUUCUAUCAUCGGUAGCUAACAACAGCUAACUACGGUAGCCUUUAUAGAGAAAUGAUCAAAGUUAAAGGUCCGACACCAGGCUUAAUUCUCGAAUCCUUUUUAGCCUUGUUUUGUUUGUUAUAUAUAUGAUGUAUGUGGUUAGCUAUAUGUUGUCAUGAAACGCUAAAUUCAGAGCCGCGAUGGACAUGGUUAAUGUAGCCUAUUUUGAAAGCAAGAGACGGACUAUAGACUCGGACAAACUUUUUUUUUCUAAGCAAACUAAAGUCCGUCGCAUUGCCCCCUUCUCUGCUUUUUUCUAUAUUUGGCUUUACACAAAAUGCAGCGGACAGAGUAGCGAGUGUUGGGUGUAUAUUAAGAGAGCCAACAAUAGUUAAACUAAUCAGAAUUUUCUACUUUUAAAUCUUGAAUUUUGACUCGUCGACUAAGGUCUGGACUAUGUUCCGGAUCUCCUCUUACCCUAGACCCGUCCGUGUAAAGUGACCAGCUAUCACCAGAUAAAUAACGUAACACUAUGUUUUUCUUUGACGGAACAGACACGAGGGGGCGCUGCAGCACCCUUAGCGCCACUUAUUCCUGCACCACUGCUGAUUGCUGGGCUUCUUGUGGAUAUAUGGUGGUUGCAGGGAUCUGGGUACUCGGUAAUAAGUAAUUAGUAAUAAGUUAUUAGUUAUAAGUUAUUAAUCAAAAAGUUAUAAGUUGACUACCAGUAAAAAAGACUUGAUAUGUAGGCAUAUUUAAUUAAAAAUUGUGUGACUGGAUGAACUGCGGGGAUUAUAAUUUAGUUUCUUUACAUACAACCCAACUAACGAUUAAAUUAAUAAAAACUGUAACAAGAAAAGACAGAAAAAAAUCUAUGCCCAUAUAAAACCAGAACUACAUUCUGUAGGCCUAAACCGGUUUCAAAUUUUUAUUUUACCACUAGAGGGAGCAAAAUAUCUAGAUUCCAUCGGUAACGUCUGCAUGAUAAUUAGGAGGCGACAAGCCCUUAAUUAAAAAUUAAAUAACGCUACUGUAGGUCAGUAUGACCACUACGGAUUUGUAGUCAAGGGUAAAAUAAAGAGAAUUCUUUAUAAAAUGAACAGCUUCAUAAGGUCUUACAGUAAUAUUUUUGAAUAUUCUCUGAGUCAAUAGAAUAUUUUUAUUGUAAUUAAUUUUGGAUGAUUAAUAUAAUUUCAUUGUAUUUAGCAUUGUUUUAUUUGGUUAUUAAUUUUAUUUUAACUUUAAUUGAAUUGUGCUGUAUUUAUAAAGUUGUCGUUGCAGUAAUUUAGGCAGUUACUGCAGUUUUACGCAGACGCGGCUUCUACCUUAAAGGUCACGCUGGUGUCCAGUUUCAGCAGCAUAGGUGUCCCUUGUGUGUACUUCCCGUGUUCGUCUGCAUUUUCCUCUGGGAAAUGCGGUUCUGCUCUGAAUAACUGCACAUGUAAAAGCUUCGUCCAGGCUGUCCCCUCACCUUGCUUCCUGGGAUAAGCUCCGGAUCACCGAGACCCUGAUUUGAUAAGUGUCUUUUUUUUAAAAUGGAUGGAUGGAGAGACGGUUGUUUGUUUAUGCCAGCGAUGCAAGUCUGCUCUAGCAAAUUUGAAUCGGUCUCUGUAUAAACCCCCUUUUCUGAAGAGCAUUUGUAAUUUGCUGAUAUUAAAAGCGAAGCGUGACAAAUUGAAUAUGAGUGGAAUAGAUUUGAUAGAAUAAAAACAUUUUGAUGAA